AUGACCAUCAAAGUGCUGUCUCCAGGGGCAAGUGCCCCCAGCAGGCCUGUAACAGGAACUUGGCCCGCAAAGCUGCGGUCUGUUUGCCUCUCAGCAUUAGCCCUUGGCGCCGUCACCAUACCCAUUGGGCUGUGGAAUAGAUACGAUGGUAGCGACCACCUUGACCUCAAUGGCUUCUGGAAGUCAACUUCACAGCAAAACUUGGUCAAGCUAGUGAGAAAGUACCAUCUGCUGACUGGAGUCAGAUGGAUGAAUCCCGACGGAGGCCGGUGGCGGGUCAUGUAUACGUGCAACGGACAGUCACCGUGUCCUACCUUGUAUGCCGACGAGGGCGACAUGGUCGAGUUGACGGUGAAGAGCGACGUCUAUUCACAGUCGACGAUCCACUGGUCUGGGAUUGGAUAUCAUAGCACCGGCGACUGGAAUGAUGGCACUGCUGGAAUCUCGCAGUAUCCGAUCCUCCCUCGCGGAAACUUUACGCACCUGAUUGACACGACUGGAUCCUGGGGCCUCAACUGGUACGCCGAGCACACCACGGCGGCAUCUGCCGAUGGCCUCUACGGCAUGGUUUAUGUGGCACCGGCCCCUUGGAGACCUCGCCCGUACCACCUCAUCACCGAGGACAAGAUGGAGCUGCACAAGAUCAUGGAGGCCGAGAAACAUGUCCGCCAUCUGGCAAUCAAGAACCACCAGCAUCGGGACACUGGGUGGAAGCUGCUGCGGAUGAAGGCCGAGGGCUCCGAGUUUUAUUGUUAUGAUUCCAUUCUUGUCAAUGGCAAGGGUCGUGUGCAUUGCCGUCAACCUGGCUUUGGAGUCCUGAACGGCCAAGCUUUGGAUGAAAAGGGUUGCAUCCAACCACAGGGGCUGCCUCAGGAGACUUGUAGCCCCAGCACGGGCGACUAUGAGGUCAUCGAGACCGAAGGACAGGCAUACGUGAUGCUCAACCUCAUCAACAUCGGCUUCGAGCACGGCGUCGUGGCCUCGAUCGACGGCCACAACAUGACCAUCGUCGCCAACAACGGCGGCUUCGUCCACCCGCGCGAGGCCGAGGUGGUGCACAUCCCCAGCGCGUCGAGGGUCACGGUGCUCGUCAAGCUCCACAGCCCCGACCCCGCAGACGGCGACUACGCCAUCCGCAUCUCGUCCACCAGCAACCUGCAGAACCUGCAGGGCUACGCCGUGCUCCGCUACCCGGGCGCCAGCUCCCACCGCCCCAUCUACGGCCAGCCCAUGAAGCUCCCGCAACCCGCCCGGCCGGAGGGCGUGUGCGUGCUGGCCGACGGCACCACCCGCCACGGCUGCGCGGUGGCCGGCGGCGAAGUCCUCGCCCCCUUCCCGCCGUCACCCCCGCCCAGCUCGCGACGUGGCAAGUCCUCAGCCCGUACGCAAACUGCAGCGGCGGCGGCGGACAUGACGGUCCGGCUCUCGGCUGGACAGCGGCCCUCGCUGACGGAGAAGCACGUUCCCGAGUACUUCCUCAACGAGCAGCCGUGGCAGCUCUUCCGCUCCGCCAUGACGCCGCUGCUCUUCCAGGACCAGCACGACGACGCCACCUCGCCGGGGGGCGAGCGGCGGCUGGGCAAACCGGUCAUCGCCGGGAUUCCCCUGGGCAGCGUGGUCGACCUCGUCAUCGAAAACCAGCUCAACGACUCGAUACCGCUCUACAAGCACGGUGUCCCCGCGUGGCUGCUGGGUCGGGGCUCGGGCGGCGGGUUUCCUUAUGCCACCGUCGAGGAGGCCGUUGCCGCUGCCGCCGCCGGAGGGCCCGGACAAGGUCUGAUCAACCUGGAGAACCCGGCCCUGGUCACGGUGCACGAGCUGCCGCCGCUGGGCUGGAGCGUGCUGCGGUUCAAGGUCACGGCCAAGGCUGCGACCAUGAUCCAUGCCGUCAAGCUGAGGUAUUUUGCUCUGGGCAUGUCGGCGCCGAUACUAGAGGGGAUCUCACCGGAUGAUCCAGCAGAGUUCCCUGAGUGGGUGGCGAGACGGCCCCACAUUGAAUUUGAGCCCAAGAACGAUGGUGUCUUUGGAUAG